AGGAUUACUUGCCCGGAAACCGCGGCGCCCGGGAAGUCACAUGACCAGAGGAGGCCAAAGAGGGGAGCCGGUCACGUGGCGAGGGUUGGCUGGCUGACUGAAUGUACCGGGCGGGCUUGGGGGGAAUCGCCUGGGCCUGAAGAAGGUGAAGGGAGGCGGGCGAGAGACGAGGGCGCGGGCGCGUCGUAGGCCUCGGGGGGUGCAAAGCCGGCCGGGGGGGCGAAGGGAGCAGCCGGACCUUGGGAGAAAGACGAGGGAAGAGCCCUCUUCAGGGCCUUCUUUGGAAAGGGAAGCGCGGGCGUGUGUGUGUCUUUUUUUUUUAAGGUGGGGCCCUGGGUUUCUUUUUGGGGCGCGCGAGUGUGGGCCUGAGGGACUUCACUGGCCUCUGAAACGGGGGCCCCAUUUGCGGAACGGGGAGGCGAGACGAAGCAGGCGAGAGGAGAAGUUAGUGCCCAGAAAGAGAAGGUUAGAUUUGGGUUUGUGCUUAUUUUUUUAAAAAAACUCUCUAGAGGGCAGCAAAGGGUUUGCGUGCGGGGCGUUCACAGGGAAGGGACUUAACGGAGGAAAAACUGUUCUCUCUUUUUUUUUCCCCCUCUCGAAAUUUUUAAGCACAGGGGCUUUUAGUUGGAGAGACGGAAGGAAACUUCCGUUACAGUUGUGCGAAGCGGUGUUUGAGGGGUAAUUAAGGAGAUCGGUGCUGAGUAACAGUGGGGAGAGGAAGCAGUAGGGCGUAGAGACAACUCGGAAAGAGAGGAGAGGAGGGAGAAGUUAUUUUCUGUUUGGUUUUGAUUUCAAGGGUAUUUGAAAAAAAUAAAAUUUCCUUGGGAUUACUUUAGGGUAUUAAGACAAAGGCACAAAAACAAUAGGAGUGUUGGUAUUGAGAAGCUGGUUCAACCGGUAAGCUGUAGUAAUACUGUAGAUUUUGGGAAGAGGGCAGGGGGCCUGGGAGCUUUCUUUAGGAAACUCCUUGCAAUUUAGAAAACUUCUUAUUCUGUGUGGUGAGGGAGCUAGUUUUGUGAGGGGCGGGGAAAUAUUGUCACUUCAGGAAAAGGCCACCGGUUUGAAGGGCAGAAAAAGAAAAGCCACUGAUCAGUGGGUGUCCUCAUAAAAGCUCCGAACAGGACUGUGGUUGGGUUCCUGGUUUUAAGAAACACGUUAAGCAUCCUUGAGGUUCCACUGCUGUUGCCGUCCUUCAUCCAGAGGCCAUGCAGAAAGAGGAACUGGGCAUGGAUGAGAACCGCAACCCAGAAGAGGAGCUGCGUCUCCUGGGAGGAAAGAAGGAGAAAUGCCACAGUCUCAGCAACCGCAUCCGCACAGGUUCGUGGGAGACAAAUGGUUAUACGGCACCCUCUGAGAUAGCUGACGAGCCCAGCGUUCCCCUGAGUCCUUCAAACAGCCUUAACAUCCGUAAUCUCCAGUUGUCUGAGCGGGAUCCCCCCGUUCCCCAUCACCCCCGCCGUUACCCUCCUCAUUUCUACCAUGGCCGACCCUUCCAUGCUGCCUACCGCAAGACCUACCGUGGCAGCACCUCGGACCGCAAGGAGUGGGGCCCCAGUACCAAUGGCCAUCACUGUGCUCCAGAGGGUAUGUCCAACGGGCGAUGGCAGCAUCGGCGCCGCGGCUAUUCUGACCCACCUUCACUGUCAUCGUCCCCUGAGUCGGAGAGGAAUGGCACGGUCAAAGCCAGUGAGAAGCCCACCGUUGCAUCUAACGCAGCCGCCGAAGAAUCUGGGAAAGAAACGUGGUCUCUCUUCCGGCCCCUUCCUGCUUUCCCAGUUGAUAGCAGCAGUGCCCGCAUCAUCCCCAAGAUCUCUUAUGCCAGUAAGCUGAAAGAGAAUUUGGAUCAGCCCGGGAAAGCCUGCCAUGUACCUGCCUCAGCUGUCCGCACCACUAAUAGCCUCCCCAACUGUGUUUUGGCACCACCCCCAAGCAGUUCCCCACCAAUUGACAGCAGUCGGCGGCAGCAUCUGGGAGCGAUCUUUCAAAAUGAAUGGGGCCUCUCCUUUAUCAACGAGCCAGGAGCUGGGCACGGAGGGGGCGGUGGGACAGCACCAGACAAGGAGGUAGAAGAUGCAGAUGCUGGAGCAUGCUGGGAUAAAAUGGAAGCCAACGACUGGCAGGCUGCAAGAAAUUAUCAUUUGGAAGAGUGGAGUCAUAUAUGGGAACUACACAUUCAAGCUCCUAGCAAAGUGAUGGUCUAUACGGACACCUUGGAUGGAAAAGGUUAACUCCAAGAAUUCACAGGGGAAGCACCGCUAAGAUAUGGGGGGGCACAAGGGGAGAGGCAAGGUGCCUUCUCUCCCCCCCUCUUGAAGACCGGAGAAGCCCAGGCAUCUUGAAAGGGGAAGCUAUACCACCUGCCUACCUCCCUUCCUUUGCUGUUACAGCCCCUACUGUCCUGAGUGGGGCUAAUGUCUCACCCUCCCCUAUUUCUCUCUCUGUUUUAAUGCUCUGGUUUUUAAUUUCUUCACAUGGUUUUUAAUUUCUCUGGAUUCCCCUGAAAAUAAAGGCAAAAAAGGAAUUU